AGUGCGGUUCGGUUCGGAGUUUCGAAUUCAGCUGAAAUCAAAACCGCUUAAGUGGAAACUAAAUUUUGAAAUAUGUGCCAAGUAAAGAAUGUGAAUUUAAAUAAGCAAUAUAAAUGAAUAACAAAUAAUUGGCCAGUAUAAUUCAGAAAACUUUUCAAAGUCAUUGGCCCUAAGUGUUGCCAUAGCAAAUAAUCCCGCAUAUAAAUGGGAACACAAUAAAGUUUUGGCCCAGUGUGUGGGCGUGUGUCAAUAACCAAGGCAACUAUCAAGCAGCUUAAACAUAAUCAUUUCGCAGCUUAGAAGGCGGUCAACGCAUUUAAGCCGGGUCAAGUAAGUGGCCGAAAGGACAAAGGGCCCGGGCCCCGUGGCUUCGGUGGUCAGUUGAAAAGUGCCGAAUAUGUGAGAGUGUUUAAUACAGAGAAAGCCCAAGGAUACCAAGGAAAACAUAAGGGGGAGUGGUGAAGGAAUUUCAUUCUGCGAAUACCAGCUUUCUUAGCGAAGAAGAACCUAAAAUACUGAGUGUCAAGAUGUGGUAGAAUGACUGACCACGACCACAUCAAUUCGGUGAAUGCCAGUGGGAGUGAUCCCCUCCUGGAGCUGCAAAACCUAGCGGACAUCAGCGAGAGUGUGGAGCUGCAGUGCAUGGUGCAGGAGCACAUCGAGGCCUCGACCUAUGGCAACGCCAGUGACCACUGUCUCACCCAGUUCGACUCGAUCCUGUGCUGGCCAAGAACUGCCCGCGGAACGCUGGCGGUGCUCCAGUGCAUGGACGAGCUGCAGGGGAUUCAUUACGAUAGCAGUAAGAAUGCAACGAGGUUUUGCCACGCCAAUGGGACCUGGGAGAAGUACACCAACUACGAUGCCUGCGCCCACCUGCCCGCCCCCGAAUCGGUGCCGGAGUUCGAGGUCAUCGUGGAGCUGCCCACCAUUAUCUACUACAUUGGAUAUACCCUCAGCUUGGUCUCGCUCUCGCUGGCGCUGAUUGUUUUCGCCUACUUUAAGGAGCUGCGUUGCCUGCGCAACACCAUUCACGCCAAUUUGUUCUUCACGUACAUCAUGUCGGCUUUGUUCUGGAUACUACUGUUGUCCGUCCAGAUAUCCAUUCGGAGUGGCGUGGGCAGCUGCAUUGCCCUGAUCACCCUCUUCCACUUCUUCACGCUGACGAAUUUCUUUUGGAUGCUGGUCGAGGGACUGUACCUGUACAUGCUGGUGGUGAAGACCUUUUCGGGGGACAACCUUCGAUUUAACAUCUACGCCUCCAUUGGCUGGGGUGGUCCGGCCCUGUUCGUUGUCACCUGGGCGGUGGCCAAGAGUCUGACGGUCACCUACAGCACCCCCGAAAAGUAUGAAAUCAACUGUCCCUGGAUGCAGGAGACCCAUGUGGAUUGGAUAUACCAGGGACCCGUCUGUGCCGUGCUAAUCAUCAAUCUCACCUUCCUGCUGCGCAUCAUGUGGGUUCUUAUCACAAAGCUGCGUUCGGCAAAUACAGUGGAGACUCGUCAGUACAGGAAAGCAGCUAAGGCCCUGUUGGUGCUCAUCCCCCUUUUCGGCAUCACUUACCUGGUGGUGCUUGCUGGUCCAUCGGAAUCUGGCUUAAUGGGUCACAUGUUUGCCGUACUGAGAGCGGCUUUACUCAGCACUCAGGGCUUCUCGGUGUCGCUGUUUUACUGUUUUCUCAACUCGGAGGUGCGAAAUGCACUGAGACACCACAUUUCCACAUGGCGGGACACGCGCACCAUCCAGCUGAACCAAAACCGACGAUACACGACGAAGAGUUUCACGAAAGGCGGUGGUUCGCCUCGAGCCGAGAGCAUGCGACCUCUGACCAGCUACUAUGGACGCGGAAAGCGGGAGUCCUGCGUGAGUUCGGCCACCACCACGACGCUGGUGGGUCAGCAUGCUCCACUUUCGCUCCACCGGGGAUCCAACAAUGCCCUGCACACGAUGCCCACGUUGGGGGGCAAUGCCAUGAGUUCCGGCAGCACUUUGAGCGUAAUGCCCCGGGCCAUUAGUCCUCUGAUGAGGCAAGGACUCGAGGAGAACUCGGUGUAGGCAAAUUCCUAGCAACUGCAUCUUAAGAGACUGAACUUUCAUUGAAUUCCACUUCCGUGCCGUAGGUCUGCGAGUGCGAUUAGUUAGUUAGUACUAUAUUUUAUGAGGAGUGCGAUGAAAGAACGAAACCAAGUACCAAGCAGAGCAAGCAAGCAAGCAAGUUAAGUUAGGCCAAUCGUUUUAAACUAUUUGAUGUCGUCUAUGUGAAUCGAUGAGAGCCCCAUCCCAUAGAUCAACCAUAGAACCCCAUGCGCCAUCUACUCCACCUGUAACUGUUGAAUGUAACUCAAUAUGCAAAUGAAUUAAUUCUCUGUAAGAAAA